UUCCUCAUGCAUGAUUUUUUUGCCUGUUUAUGUAAAAAGUACACACACACACACAUAUAUAUACUCCUGUUAGUUAUACACUUGUUCUAUCUUCUUCUUCUUCCUCCUUUUUUCUAUCUCUACAAUGAACAUAUCAGUAAACGGACAGUCACAAGUGCCUCCUGGCAUUAGGUUUCACCCGACUGAGGAGGAGCUCUUGGAGUAUUACCUCCGCAAGAAAAUCUCUAACAUCAAGAUUGAUCUCGAUGUUAUCCGUGAUGUUGAUCUCAACAAGCUCGAGCCUUGGGAUAUUCAAGAGAUGUGUAAGAUAGGAACAACGCCGCAAGAUGAUUGGUACUUCUUUAGCCACAAGGACAAAAAGUAUCCCACGGGAACAAGAACCAACCGAGCCACCACGGUGGGGUUUUGGAAAGCAACCGGACGUGACAAGAUCAUAUAUAGCAACGGCGAUAGGAUCGGUAUGCGGAAAACGCUUGUCUUCUACAAAGGUCGAGCCCCUCAUGGUCAAAAAUCGGAUUGGAUCAUGCAUGAGUAUAGACUCGACGAGAAUGUAUUAGCCUCCUCCUCGAAUCAUGACGAUGAGGUCAGUGUAGAAACGUGUGAGGUCAUAGGAGCAGAUGAAGGAUGGGUGGUGUGUCGUGUUUUCAUGAAGAAGAGUCUUUGCAAAACUGUAAUUAGCAGCCCGCCGAGGUCAGUGAAAACAUCUUCGUUCAACGAGAAGACUAUUGAAGAAAUUUUUAAAGUUAUGGGACAGUCUUCUAAAGAGGAGAUCAUUGUAGAUCCUUUCUUGAAGCUCCCUAACCUUGAGUGCCCUAACAAUACGGUCUCGAGUUACCAGCGGUUGAUGGACGACCAAGUCCACAACUAUCAAGUCCCCAGCUUCGGCACUAGCUGGGCCACUUUGGAUCGUCUCGUGGCCUCGCAGCUAAAUGGGCCCAACUCAUAUUCAAUCCCAGCCGUCGAUGAGAUCCCACAAUCACCGCUCCAUGGACUAAACCGUUCCGGUUUUUAUAACACCGGUUUAACACAGGAUUAUUAUACAACGGAGAUGGAUAUAUGGAACAAUACAGACUUCGGGAGAACCACGAUGUCGUCCAACCCAUAGUGCCAUGUAUGAAACAGUA